CAGCGCCCACUCCCGCUCACCAUGGCAUCUAGAUCCAACAUGACAGCCCCCAUCUGUCUAGUGGAAAAUGAGAAACAGCAGCUGAGGGUAAAUCGAGAAGCACUGAGGAUUCUGGAGAAGAUCUCGGAGCCUGUGGUGGUGGUGGCCAUUGCAGGGCUGUAUCGCACAGGGAAGUCCUACCUAAUGAACCGCCUGGCAGGACAGAACUGUGGUUUCCCUCUGGGCUCCACAGUGCAGUCUGAAACCAAGGGCAUCUGGAUGUGGUGUGUGCCCCACCCCUCCAAGCCAAAGCACACCCUGGUCCUUCUGGACACUGAGGGCCUGGGGGAUGUGGAAAAGGGUGACCCUAAGAAUGACUCGUGGAUCUUCACACUGGCUGUGCUUCUCAGCAGCAUGUUUGUCUACAACAGCAUUGGGACCAUCAACCAUCAUGCCCUGGAGCAGCUGCACUAUGUGACUGAACUAGCAGACCUCAUCAGGACAAAAUCCUCUCCCAGCUCUGAUGAAAAAAAUGACUCAGCCGAGUUUGUGAGUUUCUUUCCAGACUUUGUUUGGGCUGUCCGUGAUUUCACACUGGAGCUGGAGUUAGAUGGUCACCCCAUCACUGAAGAUGAGUACCUGGAGAAUGCCUUGAAGUUGAUUAAAGGUGAAAUUCCCAAAAUGCAAAAUUCCAACCUGCCUAGAGAGUGUAUCAGGAAGUUCUUUCCAAAACGGAAGUGCUUUGUCUUUGACCGACCUACAAGUGACAAAAAGCUGUUACACCACUUGGAGAAAGUGUUGGAAAAUCAACUGGAUUUGAAUUUCCAAGAGCAAUCCCGAAAAUUCUGUUCCUAUAUCUUCACACAUGCAGAAGCCAAGACCCUAAGGCAGGGGAUCACUGUGACUGGAAAUGGGUUGGGGACUCUA